AUGGUAUUGUACGAUCUGUGUGUGAUUGGCUCGGGUAUUGCUGGAGCUUGUACGUUUCAUCAUGCCGUGAAGGAAUAUGAACAUGUCUUGUUGUUGGAACAAUUUGAGUUGAUGCAUACGAAGGGAUCUUCACAUGGAGAGUCAAGAAUUAUUAGAAUUGCCUAUGAUGAUAUUCAUUAUUCAUCCAUGGCCUCAAAGUCUCUUGAAUUAUGGCCUCAAGUCCCUCAGUUUGAAACCUUUUACAAGAGGACGGGUGGUCUUGAUAUUGGUCCUCUUUCCGAUGAAAGUAUCAAUAAGGUAGUUCAAGUUUCACGAGAGAGAGGUUAUCCUCAUGAGGUUUUACAGGGUCAGCAAUUUCGUGAUCGAUUUCCUCAAUUCUCUGGUCUUCCAGAUGAUACUUUGGCUGUCUACCAACCAGAAGCUGGAAUGCUGAAUCCAAACAAGAUUCGAUCUAUUUUGUUAAACAAUGACGGAAGUGCCUAUGAUGUUGAAAAGCAUCGCAUUGUAGAGAAGGAACGAGUUGAAGAUUUGAUUGAAGACGAAAACAGUGGAAAUUUCACAAUUGUGACAAAUAAGGGAAAUAGAUUUGAGGCAAAAAAAUUGGCAAUCUGUGUUGGAGCUUAUUGUAAAAAUUUCCUGAAAAAACACUUUGAUUUGGAUAUUCAAUUUGAAGUAUUGAGAAUGUGUUACUAUUACUGGAAGAUUGGAGAACGUGGAAUGAAGGAGAAUGUUUAUAUGGACAAUUCACCAAUCUGGAUCAUGUGGGGUCAGGAUCCCUUUGUUCACGAUGAAAAAUUAGAUUUGGCGUACUAUGGAUUUCCAUCUUGGGAAAAGCCUGGCUACAUCAAAACUGCAUCUCAUCAUCCGUAUAAAGAUGUAGAAAGAGGGUUCGACCCUGACGAGAGGGCUGCACUCAUUGAUGAAGGAAAAGAGCCACCAGUUCAAAAAGAAAAAAUUGAUAGAAGUAUUAACUUCCUUAAAAAAGCCACUCCUGAAGGCUAUCUUGAUUUUAGCGAGAGUUAUGAGGAGAUUAUUUCUCAGAAGGAUCGUGUUGUGACGUGCUUGUAUGAAAUGACACCAACCGAAGAUUUCAUUAUCGAUUAUUUACCAACUAAAAGUGGAAAGAAGAAUGUUGUUAUGUUUGGUGGUGGAAGUGGCCAUGGAUUUAAGUUUGGAAUUGUUGUUGGAAAAAUGCUUUUGGAGUUAUUAGAGCAUCAAAACAAUGGAGAUCAAUUCUCUGUCGUGGACGUUCCUCUUAACAAAUUCUUACUCGACAAGGUUCUCAUAAAACAGUAA